CUUAAAAUGACUAGUAUAGAGUGUAGCACAGAUGUAGCGUAGCUACGUAGGUUCGUAGCUACGUCACUACGUAGGUUACAAUCUUACGUCAUAAAUGAUUUGCGCGGUCAAUUUGAGCUGUCAACUGACAAGAUGGAUCGAUGGCUAAAGACAGGGUCAGUUAAAAGAAAAUUAAAUGACAAAUCUGACGUGACAGUCAAGGUGCAUCGUCCUGAUGCAGGAGAUCCAGCACCUACAAGUGGUUCAGCCGCAGCGACAAGUGAUUUUGUGUGCGUUACUGAGUCCCAGGAGAGCGGUUCGCCGUCUAACCACCACCCGGCUGAAAGCUGUGAAACUCGGCUUGAUCGCGGAAAGUCCAGCGCUAAAGUGAAGAGAAAAUAUCACAGCGACUACAUAAAAUUCGGAUUUUUCUGGACUGGAGAUGAAGAGCAUCCCAAUCCACACUGUGUUUUGUGCUACGAGUCGUUGGCUAACGAGGCUAUGAAACCCGCCAAGCUCAAGCGUCAUUUUGAGAGCAAACACAAGGAUUACAUCGGGAAACCUUUAGCAUUGUUUGAGAGAAAACGUGAUAAACUUAAAAAACACAUGACGAAGGCGCCCUCACAUUUUUUUGCGACGGGGGAAAAUGCGAAGGCUACAGAGGCAUCAUACAGGGUAUUCCUUCUCAUCGCAAAAACAGGGAAACCUCAUUCGAUAGGUGCGAAUUUAGUCAAACCAGCUGCCAAGGUUAUGGCUAAUGUAUUGUUUGGGGAGAAAGCAAGCGACGAAAUUAACAGGGUCCCCCUCUCCAAUGAUACUGUCCAGCGGCGAAUAACAGCCAUGGCCGAAAAUGUGAAAGAUCAGCUGAUCACACGCUUACGCCAAAGCCAGUUUUUCACACUGCAACUGGACGAGUCAACUGAUAUCGUGAAUGAGGCAAAUCUGCUGUGUUUUGUAAGGUACAGUUAUGAUGGCGGUGUGCAGGAUGAAUUUCUGUUUUGUCGUUCCCUGCCGACCAACACCACAGGGGAAGCCAUUUUUGACUCAGUCAACGAUUUCAUCCUGCAGAAUAAUAUCGACUGGACACGAUGUGUUGGUAUUUGCACAGAUGGUGCAACUGCAAUCAAUGCCGGGGUGGCAAUGGUAUUAUCCGGGACCUUUCCCGGCCCAAACCAUCGACCUGGCCUGAUUGGCCCAUGGGGAAAAUAGUUGUAACUAAUUUUUGUCACUAUCUUAUUCUUGCAUUAAUAUCAAUUCAACUGUAGUCUGCAUAAAUUCACCAUUGCAGCGCAGCCGCCUGCUGCAUCACAGCAGAUUAAAUAGGUUCUACCAUGUAAGGGAAUUCUCUCCUCCCAAAUGUUUCAGAUGGUUUGGCCCACGGCUCGUCUUUUAAAUAACAACGGCGCGAAACAGAGCGCGUCAGUGAUGGAGGGUAGAAAGAGGCCAGGUGGAACGGAGCGGGCUAAGCUUAAAAAAAGACAGGAGGUGGCAGCCAAAUGUGCCAAAUUGACAGAUAUGUUCUCAAGACAAGCUGGUAGGUUACUGAGAGAUAUGGAUAAUAGGCCUGGUUGUGAAUUUGAUCAAAUAGGCUAUAACGUGGCGAACGUUUGCAAUGUCAACUCAACUGUCAUCUGACUGCUUUUGUUGUUAAAUAUGUAAAAUCUCACAAUUUAUAUGAUUUAGAAGUGUAUUCCUAUAUUCAAAGAAGAACCGAACACUUUCUUUACAUUCCAGUUCUGAUGAACAAUUGCUUAACGCUUUAUCACACUGUAUCUCCUCAUCAACUGUAGCCUGCAUUCCCACAGGCGCGCACAUGUGGUUACUAACGCAAUAUUAAAUAGGGACGAUCACAUUUGUUGUUUGAUAUUUGUUAUUAAAUGCAUCUCAAACAUGCAAUUAAAAUAAAUAUAAUUAUUUAGAAGUGCUGUAUGCAAAUAUUGUACAUGGUUCGCGUGUGCAGGAACAGGGGCAGCGCGAGCACGUUGGGGUGUUUAGUUGCCUUUUUUAAUUACUGGAGAGUCUGCACGCGCGUUCUAUCCGCGGGAAUCAGCAUCAUGUUUCAUGUUCAAGCCUUCCCCUCCCAUUUAUUAUAAUGUGAGCUGAGCCCGCUCAGACCCGUGCAGGGAAUAGACUGUUCUAUUUUCAAGUUGCAAUGAGCACUUAUCCGGACACCGCGCGGGCACGACGCUUUGAUGUGAAAGGAAGAAUCUGUUUUCUUGUCGAUUUCUAUCCAUUUCGGACUGAGCACGAAUGCAGAUGCAGAGAUGUUCACGUCCCGUGCUUGCUGUGUGUAAACGAACAGAACACUUGCUUUACAUUCCAUUUUUCCAUUUUUUGACAAACAGUUUCAAAUGUGCUGUCACGCUCAUCUCCUCUGCAACUGUAACCUAUUUCGUCUCGCCGUCAUAUCGUGCAUUUCCACAGAGGCGCGCACACUGUGGUUAUCAACUCACUAUUAAAUAUAUUUUUUUAUUGUUAUCGAUUGUUUUCUAGCAACAGCUCAGCAGACCACUUCCAGUGCUACUGAUGAUCCCAAGGAGGGCACGACUACUGAAGGGCCAGAGUGGCCUGAAUUUGAAUUAAAUUCCCGGACUGAGAAAAUGGCCCACCCCGGCCCUGACUGCAAUGACUGGGAAACACAAGGGACUGGCAGCGCGCGUACGCGUGCUCCUUGCGCCACAGCAACACACUGUUGCAUUCACAGAGAACAGCUGGCUGUGAAAAAAAAUGCCACCAUGCCUCAAAUCAGUACUGGACGAGUCUGUGAAAAUUGUUAAUACAAUAAAAACCAAAGCACUGAACACACGUCUUUUUAAAGCUCUGUGUGAUGAAAUGGGAAGUGAACACACAAAACUGCUUUUCCAUACUGAAGUUCGCUGGCUGUCGCGUGGGAAAGUUCUCACCCGUCUAUUUGAACUGCGCGAUGAGGUGAUGUUAUUCUUGCAUCAUACUGAUGAACUGUAUGACAGACUGCAUGAUUUCCAGUGGCUCUCAAAAUUGGCAUACCUGGCGGAUGUCUUUA